AUGGCUCAAUCAACUGAAGAAUCAUAUUUGGAUAAAUUACUUAGAACUCGUUAUCCACUUACGUAUUAUCUUAGUCGACAACAACAGUUUGUCAAAGUUUAUUCAACGACGCAAACGAUUGCAGCACCAACUCCUUCUUCUGAAUCUUCAAUAAUCGUAGUACAUAAACAAAAAGUACCAUUACCAGCACCACCAUGUUUUAAUGUACCUGAUACACUCGACUUUAAUGCAUCAGAAUAUGAACAAAAUAAUGAAAUGGAUCAAAGUUUAGAAACGGAAGAAGUUGUUACACACGAAUAUGAUGAAACAAUUUUGUUAAAAAAUAACAAUAAUCGAAUCAAUGAAAGUAAUAGUGAUAUAAAUAAAAUUAAUUCGUCAACCAUCAAACGUACAUCAGCAAUUCAAUUAGAAUUUUCACCAUAUGAAUAUAAUUCUCCAUUAAAACAAGCGAUACAAAAUGGUUUAAAUAUUAUCAAUAAAUAG